AUGGGAGACUGGAACCUGUUGGGGAAGCUACUGGAGAGUGCCCAGGAGCAUUCGACCGUGGUGGGCAAAGUGUGGCUGACGGUGCUGUUCAUCUUCCGCAUCUUGGUUCUGGGGGCCGCCGCCGAGAAAGUGUGGGGCGACGAGCAGUCGGGCUUCACCUGCGACACCAAGCAGCCCGGUUGUCAGAACGUCUGCUAUGACAAGACCUUCCCCAUCUCCCACAUCCGCUUCUGGGUGAUGCAGAUCAUCUUCGUGUCCACGCCCACGCUCAUCUACCUGGGCCAUAUCCUGCAUCUGGUGCGCAUGGAGGAGAAAGUGAAAGAAAAGGAGAAGGAAUUUCAGAAUGAAAAGGCCAAGAAAGCGCCGAUUAAGGACAAUCUAGGGCAUGUGCGGCUGAAAGGUGCCCUGCUGCGAACGUAUGUCUUCAACAUCAUUUUCAAGACUCUUUUUGAAGUGGCUUUUAUUGUAGCUCAGUACUUCCUGUAUGGCUUUGAGCUCAAGCCCAUGUACACGUGUGACCGCUGGCCGUGUCCCAACGUGGUCAACUGCUACAUCUCCAGACCCACCGAGAAGACCAUCUUCAUCCUCUUCAUGCUGGCCGUGGCCGCCAUCUCUCUGCUGCUCAAUCUGGUGGAAAUCUACCAUCUUGGCUUCACCAAGUGCCACCAAGGCCUCCGCUACAGGCGCUCGCAGGCCGCCAUCAAGGCCGCAAAAUCGCCGGGUGAGCCCGCCACGCCUUUCGUCCCCAACUACAACUACUUCUCCGCUCGCUCCGCCGUGCCCGAAGCAUUCCCGGUGGAGGCCAAGUACAACAUGGAGCAUGGGCCCUACAGCAGCAAGGCGGUGUACAAGCAGAACAGAGACAACAUGGCCGUGGAGAAGAAAGGAAAAGCGGAUACAGACGACGUGCAGGAGAGGAAAAGGUCUACGUCGGUUUUUGAGAUGUCCACAGAAAGCACGCGCAGAAACAGCCUGUCCAGCAAGCACAGCAAUAACAAGAGCAGGAUGGAUGAUCUAAAAAUAUAA